AUCCGGUAUAAAUAAGCAUCUCAGGCAUCCUCCCUGUCGACAAUCACACAUUGCCAACUGGUCACUUGAGCCCCGCAAACUCCACCCACUUAGCUACCGAUAUGUCUACAACCGUCGAGUUCGAUGCAAAGGGCAUGCCCUUCAGGAGACUCGGCCCAAGUGGUCUGCGAGUACCGUUGUUCUCGCUUGGAGGAUGGCUGACCCUUGGUGGUUCCGUCCGUGGCGAUCCUGUCAGGGAAAUUAUCAAAACCGCGUUCGAAAAUGGCAUCAACAUGUUCGACACGGCGGAGGGCUACGCAGCUGGUCGCUCCGAAGAGGAGAUGGGUCGGGUGAUAAGGGAGCUGGGUCUGCGACGGACAGACUUGGUGAUCUCAACGAAGCUCUUCUGGGGUCCCCAUGAACCGCAGAACAACAUGGGGUUGUCAAGGAAACAUAUCAUCGAAGGCACGAAGGAGUCGCUGCAGCGUCUCGGGCUCGAUUAUGUCGAUAUCAUCUUUGCCCACCGGCCCGACAACACUGUCCCAAUAGAGGAGACCGUCCGUGCAUUCAACUUUGUAAUCAACCAGGGAUGGGCCUUCUACUGGGGAACCUCCGAGUGGUCCGCACGCGAGAUCGAGGAGGCCCACCAUGUUGCAGACAAACUCGGUCUCAUCGCGCCCGUCGCGGAGCAGUGCGAGCAUCAUAUGCUCCACCGCGACCGUCCCGAGGGCGAAUACGCUCCUAUCUACAGCAAAUAUGGCACGGGCACAACCGUGUUCUCUGCACUCGCUGGCGGUCUGCUUACGGGCAAGUACAACAACGGCAUCCCUUCGGACUCCCGCCUGGCGAUCCAGAAGGAAGAAUGGCUUCAGGAGCGCGCGAAGUCGCUCGGACAGCCCGAAGGCAAGGCCAUGCUGGCUAAGAUUCGAGCCCUCGCAGACGUCGCCGAGAAUGACCUCGGUUGCAAAGUCUCGCAUCUCGCCCUCGCGUGGAUCGCCCGGAACCCGAACACGUCCACGGUUAUCCUGGGCGCUUCGAAGCCCGAGCAGAUCGUCGACAACCUCAAGGCACUCGAGGUCCUGCCGAAACUGACGCCGGAGAUCGUGGAGAAGGUCGAGGGUAUUCUGGGGAACAAGCCCGCUCCGCUCGCAACGUGGGGGCGCCCGCCACUCGAUCCUUUUGGCAGGUCGAGUCUGUAGACGUGGUAGAAGUGCUGCCGCAUCGAUUGCAACGGGGGAUUGUCGUUCUAGGAAGAAGUACACGAUGUAGUAAUGCGCUGUGAUGUAUGGUGAGAAGUGUGUAUGUGUGUGGCAGCCCGCGGGUUGGGCCUCGCUGAAAUUGAGAUUGAAAUUGUCGUGGUAGGCGUGAUGGGUGAUCAGAUUCAGUGGACGGGCCGGAAGCUGUCAACGAUGAGGCACCAGUCCUCGCAGGGACGCCUGUGGAAGAGCGUCGGGAGCGAGGGGACGACAUUCGGGAAGACCUGUACUUCGUGGAACGCCCUCUGUCUGAGAUUAUUGCGCGGAAGAAGA